UCUAGAGGAUGGGAGGGAGCUAAGCUACGAAGCAGCCACAUUCUGGGGACAGCUGGUGGCAGCUGGGCCUGGGAGAAAGAGAGCCACGAGGAGGCAGGUGGUGGGCCGGGCAAGGCGCUGAGCAAAACAUAGACCCCACAGCCAGACAGAGAAGAACCGCAGAUCUUGAUGCAGAGGCAUGGCUCGGCCCAGAGUUGCUCCCAGCUGGGCCUGCUGUUCUCCUGCCCCAUCAGUCAGCAGCUCAGACCUGGAGGGCUCGCGGAGCCCGUGGGAGCUGCUCUCUCCUUCGGACUGGGCACAGGCUUAGGGAGUGGGGUCCGGUGCCUGGGAGGCCAGAACCAAGCUAAAGCCUGUCUCUGUGUGUGUGGUUCUAGAUUUGGGAGGCAAAGUGUCCCCCCUCGACCUCCUGAAUCCCCUGGCAGCUUCCCAGUCACGGCAGGUUCGGCUGCCAGAGCCAUUUUUAACUCUCAUUCCAGACUGUGCUCACAGCAGAACCCCCUGGGGAGCCAGGGGGAGGGGCAGCCUGCUGCUGGGAGCCGAGGCCCUGGGGGCCCCACAAAGCCGAGUCCACAAUGCGCCGGCAUGAGGAAAAAGAUGCCGAGCUGGACCGUAGGAUAGUUGCCUUGCGCAAGAAGAACCAGGCCUUACUACGAAGGUACCAGGAGAUCGAGGAAGAUCGUCGGCAGGCGGAGCAGGGGGGCAUGGCUGUGACCACUCCAGGGCUCCUCCAACCCGACAGCCUCACGGUCACCAUCAGCCAGGUUCCCGGUGAGAAGAGGGUGGUCAGCAGAAACUGGGCCAGGGCGCCCCUUUCACCUGGAGUGACUACCACACUGACAGAUGAUGAAGAUGCUGCAGACGCACCGGGUACUUUCAGCAUGGGGCACCGGGUGGAACUUGCUGUCACCAUGGAAAACAAAGCCAAGGCCAAAAGGAUAGUAAGUGAGAAACCCACGACCCAAGCGCGGAGCCCAAGGGCAAAGGGGACAUCUGGAGGAGGCCGGAGCUGGCGUGCACCCUUGCAGAUGACUUCCAGCUCAGAUUCAGCAGGGAAGGGUGUUCUGGAGCCCCGGAGUCCAGGCGUGGUCUCAAGUCCACCUCCCCAACAGUCCUUGGGGCUGUCCCCUGAGGCCAGCUGGGACUACACGCAGUGGAAACAAGAGAGAGAGCAGAUUGACCUGGCCCGCCUUGCCCGGCACAGAAACCCACAGGGUGACUGGAGCCGCCCGUGGGACCUGGACAAAGCCAAGUCCAUGCCACAGAACUGCCACAAGCCUAGGGACAGGGACCUGGCCAUGGGCAGCAGGAAGGGUCCUAGGACCCACCAGAAGCCUCAGCACCCACCAUCAUCCCUGGAUGGAAAAUGUCGGGGUGGACAAUCUGGAAGACCCUCGAUGACAUCCACCAUAGGCAGCAACGCCCAGGGGAAGGAGAGGCUAACUGGCAGGGCCCGAAGGUAUGACAUGAAAGAAGAUGAGAUGCUGCAGAGCCAGGAGGGAAGCCAGAGCAGCACGAAGACUCCCAGUGCAGAGGAAGAAUUCGUACAGAAGCGGAAUGAAAGGGAGCCAGACAGACAAGAGACCGUGCCUGCAACCAGCCCAAUUCCAGCCUCCCCAGAGGGGCUAAAAGGAGAGUCGGGGACCUCUACAGCCAGUUUGGCCCCAGACUCUCCACAACAUUCUGACUUGGCUCCCCUCGACCUCUCUGUGGGAGGAGCUAGCAGCCGCAAGCCUGGAAAAAGUACAUGUAUACUCGGUCCAAAGGCUGGGGCUCAGCAAAGUCCAGUGUCAUGGCCAAAUGGUUCUGAGCAGCAGACCCUGGGGUGCACUGACCACCAGCCUGGGCUGGAAGUCCACAGUUGCACUGAGUCACAGAGGAAAGCACAGACCCCAGAGCCCAUGGAGGACAGGGCUGGCAAGGCUGGGGCCCAAGAGAAUCUGACACCAAGAAGCAGGCCCCCCAGAGGAAUUGGCCCAAGGGCAAGAGGCACAAGUAAAAGAAGCAGGGCAGGAGGUCCUGGCCCUGCAGGAAGAUGCUGAGUAGAGCUCAGGAGAGUUGGGGAGCUAGGCUGCGAAGGGGAGAACUCAGUCAAGAGUCUUCUGUGUGGUGGGAGUUACGGCUGCUGGUGGGAGUCUGGUACCUUUCUGGUUGAGCAAUGCAGCAAAAUUCCACAGGGACACCAUGUAAGGGCCUCUUAUGCAUACCUCUACACUAGUGGGUUUCUACAUGUAGUCAAGGCUCUUGGUGUAUUGGCCAGGCUGGGAUCUCUUGUUCAAGGCUGGUAUCCCUGUCCUGGUCUUACCUAGGCCAUAGGCAUUUCCCACCAAGCAAGAUUUGGUAGGAGCCCAAUACAUGGAUCUCCUGGCUCCUUAUAGUUCGUCAUUGCCAACUCUCCCUCUCCAGUCACAAGCCUUCAGGCUCCUGAGCUCUAGGCAGUCUCAAAGCUGGCAUGGCCAGCCUAGCCCCUUUCUGAUAACCAUGCCUUUCAUCCAGGUGACUCACAGUUCUGCUCUUCUAAGAUGGCCAAACCAGGAUUUCAACAGUCGCUUGAGGCCUAGAGAAAGUGGUUUGGGGCUCAUGGCUGACAGGAACACACAUGGAGAGGAACAGAAAAACCCAAGGCUUCUUGGGGGGACAGGGCAUCCAGCAGGGCUCUUUGAACUGUGCUAGGAUUCUCCUUUUGCCACGGGAAAAUGAGAGAGCUCACUAGUAGGUGCUGAGCCUUCCUCCGCAUAUCCAGAUCAGACAUCGUGGGUGCCCUGAAUAGACCCUGCAGCCCAGGGCCAUUUCCUGCCCUCUCUUCCUUCUCCACUUUCCCUCACCAAGGCCAUGCAAAAGCAAGCACACAGUACAGUCAGAGGAUUAGCAACCUCAGCUAAGUGCAUCAGGAUGUGUCUUUCCAACUCCAUCCAGGCCCCUCCCAUGAGGCCCACGUCUGGUGAAUUAUCCAGACUCUGCACAAGCUGUGGCUUCCUUUUGAUACAACAAACAUUUCCUGAGCAUCUUCUCCCAGUAAUCCAGCCAGUGGGCGAGGGUGACUCUGCCAGCCGGAGGGAGGGAAGACACUCAGUCAUCCAACAGCUCAAGGCUGAAUGGCAAGUGCUGUUCUCAUCUGUAGAAGCCUGGUAGCCCCGGGUGUGAUGAGGGUAGGUGCCUGAAGAGACCCACCCUGCCUCUGCUCCCCUCUUUUGAUAUGGCAUGUGCCCUUUGCAUCUUGGUGGCACCAUGCAGCCCCCUCCUCCCUUCCUCUCUACAAGGGUAACUGGGUCUUCCAUAACCCUCAUCUUUACACGUGAGGCCUUCAACUUGGGUUCCUGCCUUGUUCUUCCUUCCUGCCUCUUGGUUCCAUGUCUAUUCCCUCUACUCAGGCAAGGGUGACUGACUCUUCAGCAAGUCAGGCUGUUUAGAGAACUCUUCUCAUGUUUUUGUGUGAUGUGUGGUACAGGUUGAACUCAGUGGGGCUGGGGAAGGCCUGAACGUUAGCAUUUCUAACAUGUCCCAGGUGAGGGAGCCAUGGCCUCCUUUUUGGCCUGAAGAACCCUUUGAGGAGUCAGGUUCUGGAUUCGAGUGUGAAGGGUUCAGAUUAGAGCAGACUCUAGAUCUAAAGCAAGUUUCCAGCUCUGCAAGAACUAGGGGGAUGCUACCCUGCCAAGUGGAAGAGGUUUCCUGGCUUUAGACGUGCCCACAGGUGGUGGCUGAGAGGAAGUCCAGAAAGGGAAAAAAAUAGGAGACACGCCUGGGCCCGAGUGUAGAAUCCAAAUUCACGUUUUCAUUUUGCCUUCCAGUCUCAAGUAUAUUUUGACUUUGAAGUGUGACACAGGCCCUGGAGCUCAUGACUCCUCAAGAUGGGACUGGAACAGAGCAUGUUCAGGCAGAGAGAGCUCUUGAGUCCACAUGUUGCAAAGAAAUGGCUGUGAUCAGGAAUCUGAAUCCUUGGCUGGGCCGUAGGUUGAUAGAGUCCAUUCUCAGCACGCAUGAACUCAUAGGUUCAGUCUUAGACAGACAGACAGACAGACAGACAGACAGAGGAGAUGAGAAGAAAAGAAAGGAAGAGAGAAGAAAAGGAGGGAGUAGGGAAGAGGGAGGGAGAGAGAAAAGAGAAGAUUCAAAGUUUGCUUCCCACUUGAUGUUGCCAACUGUGCAAUGCGAUCCGUCAGACAACACAGGGCAAGGCAAGUUUGACCACAGGUUGAGGACGUAAAAAUCUGGCAGGGUUCUGGUUCAGUCUUUACAAAUGAACCUAAGCAGGAGAAGGAGCUAUUAGAGAGGACUAAGAGGACGUGGGCUUCUCUUCAUGGGCAACAGCCUUUAGGGUACUGAGGAAAGCUGUCCCGGGGAUUGAUGAGAAUGGAAGCCAACACAGGACACCUUCAUUCCAGAAGCCUGCAGUGCGGGCAACAGCAGGAAGCUCUUCCCGAGAAAGGGGAGCUCUUCUCCAGGAAAAGACACAGGUCACACCUCCCAACUCUCUGUCCAGGUUGUGCCAUCCUGCUCUGUUAGAGUCAACUAUGGAGCAGAAGAAACCCAGGUCAACCAUUCCUCUUGAGGCCUCAAAGGGCCAGCCAUGAUUCUUCCUAGUUGCUUUGUUGAAAGGUCUGACCCAGAGUCUUCCUUCCCUUAGGAAACCCUCUUCCCUCCAACAAGUACACAAGACUACUGUUUACAAGUCGGAGUCGUCAUUAAACACAAACAACUCUGGGAAACCAGAUGCAGGGCUGGAAGGAGCCAAGCAAGGAGGGUACCCAGGAGGAGCUGGCAGGGCGAGAACACCUGGAGAUGAGGGGAGCAGAGUGUGUGGGUGGGGGGGGGGAUGGAGAGCAUCCUGUCAGACAGGUGCGAGUUGAGAUCUCAGGCACCAGGUAGAGCGAAGCACACCUUGGAGUCUGAGAGACUAAACCCUGCACCUCUCAUCUACCUUGCUCAACGUUAACCUCUAAAAGCCUCAGUCCCCUUACCUGCAGAAGGAGGCUUGCUGUCCUGACCUUGAAGGGUUGCUGAGAAUGCUAGAGUGUGCAAACCAUGCCUACACUAAGUAGACACUCUGGGAACAGUAGCCUGAUGCUCUGAAAACAUGAAUAAAUGAAGUGGGCGUUGACAUGA